UCUUCGUCAAAGUUUCAUUGCUUCAUUCCUUCUCUCCCAUCAUCAGUUCUAAGGCGUGAAGCAUCGACAAUGCCAUCCUCCAUAAUCCCCAUUAAAAUCACCCACCUAGGUAACCUACAGGUCGGCUACCGCCUCACCAACAAUGCCAUCGACCCAUCAAAGCCCACGUUGGUAUGCAUAAACUCUAUGUGCAUGACCACCGCUCUAUUCGAUGCGCAAUUCAACGACAACAGCCUCACGGGCGCCAUGAACAUCCUCGCCAUCGAGCCCCUCGGCCACGGCGCAACCACCUUCCCUACCAAAGCCAGCCACUUCACAUACUGGGACUCCGCAAUCGUGGCCCUAGAAGUUAUGACCGCCCUCAACGUCGAAAAGGCCUUUGUCCUAGGAACCAGCCAGGGCGGCUGGAUCGUCGUUCGAAUGGCUCUACUCGCACCUGAACGUAUCCUCGGGCUGCUACCACUCGGAACCAGCAUGGACGCCGAGACGCCCGAGACGCGGGAGAAGGGGUGCUGGGACCCUGUUCCGGUGCUGAAUCCGUUUGCGCAGAAAUGGACGAGUGCCGCGGCUACCCCAGAGUUCAAGAUUGACGAUCAGUGGUGCGGGAUGGUCGCUAGUCUCGGCUUCGGCGCGCAUGCUACAGAGCAGUCGACUGAUUUUUGGACAGAGGUACUUAAGGAGACGUAUAAGGGGGAUGGGGGAAGGAGGAAGGCGCGAAUGGCGGUGUUGUGUUUGAUGUUGAGGGAUUCGGUGACGUUGAGGCUGGGAGAUGUCACGUGUCCUGUGUACUGGCUGCAGGGGGCGGAGGAUGUCGUGUAUGGAUGCCAGGUCCAACAUGAGCAGAUCGAGCUGUUUGCUGCGAGUAAGGAGAAGAAGCUGAGUAUAGUGGAGGGUGGUGCUCAUUACCUGAGCGCGACGAAUCCAAAGGAGGUCAAUGAGGCGGUGCUGGAGAUGGUCAGAAAGUAUGCGCCGUAGAUACUUUGGUGCAGU